CAAAAGUGUUUACAUCUUUAAGUCUAUCCUUAAAUUUCAACAUUCAAUGUCUAUUGUUCGAACUGUAUUGAACGUGCUUCAAAAUGUCAGCGGAAAUUCCAGAAAAUCAUAUCAAUGAAGAAAAAGUUAUUUCUUCUAGAAUAGAAGAUAAUUUGUGUAUGAAAUCAAUGAGGUUGACCAUCAAUGUACUGAACCACGUACUCAUAUUUCUGAUUGUUUUCAUAUGUCUCUGGUUCGCUUGCAGUUCUGGUAUCAAUUUAUUUAAUCUACACAUCAUUUUGUGCGUUCUUGGGUACCAAUUCUUCAUGUGUCAUGCGACACUCAUCAUAUCGGAGUACAACACCUGGACAAUGUUCAUAGCUCGUCGGUACAAGAAGCACCUGCAUUGGGUACUCCAAGUGUUUGCUGUUGCCCUAGUAACCACGGGAACUGUAUUUGUAAUACUUCAGAAAGAUACCCACUUCACAUCUAUUCAUGGAAUACUUGGUUUAGUGGCCUUGGUACUGGCGUUGGUCAGUUUACUGAACGGGAUCCUCGUCAUGUUCUCUCACAAACUGUCUUCAUCUGCUAUUGGCGUGUUCUGGAUCAAGUUCUUCCACUAUAUCAGUGGUAUCGGCAGUAUGUUCCUGGGAACUGGGAGCCUCUGUGCAGCUUUCAACUAUACGUCAUUCAGGACUUGGACUGGUGAAGGAGAUGGCUUCAUUCUAACCCUCAUGGUUUUUACCUGCCUCUUCACUGUCCUGAUAGCUUUGGAAUUCUGCAUCGCAACAGGCAUUAAACUCCGAACCAGAUCAAAGUAACUAUCUCUAUAUCCUUAUAUUAUUAUGCGGAUACGAUUGUAACGUUUUUAUCAAAAUAUUUAUAUUGCUUUUAAUGAGUGACAAAUUCCAUUAAACCUGUUAUCGAUUUCGACAAAUACCUACUACCUACCAAUUGGACUCAAUAAAUUUACCUAUUCUUUAAGAAUUUCAUUUUAAUUGUAUUUUCCUUUGUCUUACUUACUAUUUGUGCAGAUCUAGUGAACUCUAGGUGAAAUAGAUUUGGGGUUCUUUUUUAAAAAGGAAAGCAUUUAUGAUAGCGAAGAAAGUAGAAAAUGGACGUAAUUAUCUUGUAGUGAUUAUCAAAUAGUUAAUAUUAAAUCAACUUAUAUUUAGAGAUUUGUGGUUUAGUGGUCAAAAAGUCAUAAAAUUCUGAAGAUACUAGAACAAUUCAAGGCUGAAUAUUUUUUCACGGUCCAAAUAUGUAUUUGUUUCUAUUACGCCACAUUUACUUAUCGGAGAGUCGGACGAGGAAACAAUCCGUUUUUAUCAGCCGUGUAUCGAAGGGAUCGAAGAUAGCAAAUCUAUCGUGCAUGGUACACCAGUGAAAAAUUUAUUCCGUUGUCUGUGCUCGUGGUUACAUAGUGUCGCUCAUUAAGUGCUGGUGUUAAUUAACCAACAAAAUGUCAUCUCCACCUAAAGUUUCAUUUUAUGUAGGGUGCAUGAAUGCCAUUAAUACUUUGGCACAUUUAUUAAUGGGUGGAGCACUUUUCCUUACUAUUUCGUUAAUAGAUGGAGAAUCUAUUGCUAGAUUAAAAGGACACGCCUGUACAACAAUCAUUGGGGUUACAAUUCUUUGCAGUCAAGCGAUAUUGUCAGUAAACCCUUAUGCGGGAUUCGAAGACAACUUUAUGUACCCUCGCAAGUCGAAAGUUUACUGGAUAAUUCAAAUAAUUGGAUCCCUCCUGGUAGUGGCCGGAGCUUGUGUUGGUGUAGCCUUAGUUUUUGAAACGUCCAAUAUCACUCUUCCGUUCCCCAUACCAGUUACAAUCAACACCAGGCACUUGCAAACUUCUCAUGCAAUCGUUGGUUUCCUUGUAUUGCUAUUGGGUUCCGUGAGUUUAGUAGGUGCUAUUGCAAACCUGCUUUUAGGUGAAAAGAUAAAAAGUUUUAUGAAGACUUUGUAUGUAGUGGUAGGAACUAUUACUAUUAUAAUGGCGUACAUCGCUAUCUGUAUUAAGUUUGGCGACUAUAAUAAGGCAAUGUCGACUUUUGGGCUUAGUAAUGCAACAAUACCUUUGGGUAUAACUUUUGCUGUCCUAUCAUUCGUCGCAUUAUUAGUCAUGAUGUGUGCUCGUGUUAUAAUGACUGGUAGUAUAAGGUUUUAAUCAUAGCUACACAUUUAAAUAAAAAUUAUAUUCGUUUCUUUGUAAGGUUCAAAGUCCAAAAUUUUUGCAUUCAUGUGAAAUCAAACAAACACAAUUUUUAUCGGUCCAUUAUAACUUCUUUACUUUAUUUUAUAAGACAAAUAUCAUUUAAUGUUCAGGAAAGCAUUUUGUAUAGUAACUGACACGUGACUAGUAAUUAAAUUAAUUGAAAGAUACGGUUCAAGAUGGCUGACUGACAUCACUACACCACGCAAGCAGCUCAUGAUCUUGAGUCCCUGUUUGAUUCGAAACUAGUAGAACUUUUCUCGAAUAGUUCACGUAAUGGUACCCGUAUAUUUCAAUUCAAUCCAUCAUCGGCAAACUUCUAUAUUUAUUAAUAUAUGAAAUAUUGUCCCUUUUUGUUCUAUCGGAUUCCAUUACCGUUCUAUGAAAAUAGUUUGGCUAAUGGGAUCGAAGACGGAUCAAUUAAGCACCUUAAUAGACAUACAGAUACAUCCCUUAUUUUUAAGUUGUUUGAUAAUGAAAAUUUUCUAUUAAAAUUGUAUUACUAAAGCAA